CUUGCUUCUUAAAUUAUUGAUUUAAACCACUAAAUAUUAUAAAAACCGUAUGUUGGAUCACGCGUGAGUUUAAAUAGUCAAAUAGAUGCACAUGCAUACAAUACGUGUUGUAGAGUAUCAUUAUGAGAUUAAUAUUUGUAUGAAUAUACUUUAACGUUGGCUACACAAUUUUUUCUGGUGUACGACUUUUUUAGCAGCUGAGUAAUUAUGUCAAGUUUGGAACAAGUUUUUUCAGGUUUAACUGUAUUGCUUGUUAUCGUCACAUGCGGAGCUAUUCAUAAUAGUAACAGAAAUACAUGUAUUGUAGCGACUGAUAACUGUCCUAACGAGUAUAUUAAAUUUUAUUUGUAUACAAAUAAAACUAAAGAUAACCCUAUUGAGCUUUCACAAGACUCAAUCAAGAACAUACAGUUUGCAAUGACUUUUGAUUUAAAAAUACUAAUACACGGAAUCAAAGGAUCUCACGACGACGAUUUUAACACGUUAUUGAGAAACGCUUAUUUCUCACAGGCAGAGUAUAAUAUAAUCUCGGUAGAUUAUCACUCAAUCGCGACUUCGUUGAAAUGUUACGAUGUCGCUGUUCAAAACUUGCCAAUCAUUGCCAAAUGUAUAACACAAUUUCUGGUUGCAAUCCUCGACGAAUACGAUCAAUUUGAGUACGUACACGCCAUUGGAUUCAGCUUGGGAGGUCAAGCCGUUGGUCUCGUGGGGAAACUAUUGAAGGACGAGGGAAAACUCCUAAACAGAGCUACGGGCCUUGAUCCAGCUUUACCUUAUUUUGAAUAUAUGUGGAACGAAUUGGACGUGCAAAGUGCAACCGUUGUAGAUGUUAUACAUACGAAUUGUGGUGCUCUCGGACAAAUGUUGCCGAUUGGAACAGUAGAUUUUUACGCCAAUGGUGCAAUCACACAGCCGGGAUGUGAUAAGAAUAAGUAUUGGUACUUUUGUAGUCACGAAAGAGCAUAUAAAUAUUACGCAGAGUCAAUUUACCACGGAACGGCCAUGUCUGGAUUUUAUGCGAAGACUUCGAGCUCUUUAAACCAGCUGUCAUUAUUGGGACAUUUUAGUACUUUUUCGGGAAAAAAAAUAUUGGUUGGAGAAUAUCUUGACCCUGAGACUAAAGGAAUAUACAAUUUUAUAACCAAUGAUACACCACCUUACGCUAAAGGUAAAAAUAAAGUUAGCACAUUUCUGAUGAAAUUGUUUUCUUAUUUCUAAAAAUAAAAUAAUAUGUAUACUAUAGACACAGUAUCUAUAUUUUAUAACAGAAAUAAAUUAUUUUUAUUAUUAAAUAUAUUAUGUAUACCAUUAAUAUUAAAAAUUAUCCAGUAUUA